AUGCUCACCCAGCUCAACCUCACCAGACCAUCAAACGACCAUCAUCAUCAUCAUCAACAUCGUCAACAUCAUCCCUCACAACAACAACCUCAGAAACUUUACAUGCCUUCUCCCUCACGUGCAGCGGUCACUCGCUCACACCAGAAACAACAGCAGCCUCGCUCAAACUCUCAUCAGCCGCUUAAGAACAACAACCCAGUCCCAACCAACCCACCCAACUACAGCAAACCUCACAGGGCAUCAACCCCUCGUCCUAUCAACAACCCAUCUCAGCCUCACCAGCAACAACAACCAUCAGAUUCAGCCAAGCCACUCUACUCCAUCCAAUCAGAAAAACAGCACAGCCUCCCCGAGCCCAUCAUGAUCCCCCAACUGGCUGACCAGGCUAAUCUGGACUCACUCCACCAGCAACUCUUCCUCAACCAAGCCCACCAGAUCAGCAGCCCAUUUGCUUCUCACCACCAAGCACGCCAGCUGCCUCCUCCAGCCCAAAACACCCCCUCCUACCAGCCCACAGCCCAACCCCCCGAACUCAAACCUAAUCACCAACCAUCCACCCCACACUGCUUCCAUCUCAGCACUCCCAACCCAUUCACCCCCCUGGCCGAUAUCCCGUUCCCGAACAGCCCCACCCGAUCCUCCACCCCCUCCCUCUCCUCCCCCAGCACAUCCUCGCAAAACUUCCAGGCCCACUCCCAUCCAGAUCACUCCCCUCCAGUCGGUGGUCAGGAGGAGGAGGAGGAGGAGCAGGAGCAGGAGCAGGAAAAUGGCCAGGUGCUCGGAAGCUAUCGUAGCAUAGCCGACACCCAACAACUCAACCCAAUCACACGACCAACAAGGGCUAACAUCCAGCACUCCCUAUCCACCCCUCAUCUACCCUACCUCGCACCCGACCUCUCCCCUCAGGCCUUACCCCUCCUGCCCCUGCCCACCUCCCACACCAAACUGAGUGCAGCCAACAAGGCCCAGCCUCAAUCCAACCAGCAAACUCCCCCGCAAUUCAUCUUCGAGAACCCCACCCUGAUCCGGGCUCGCAAUCAAUCCGCCACCCGUCGUCCCCACGACUCGCGACUAACCCCCGAGGCACUAGCCAACCUCCCCUUCGAUCGCAAAUCUCUCAGUAAUAUCCAUCCCUCCAACCCGUUCAACAGCAAUACCAAUCCACUCAACGAGCUCCGCAGAUUCCUCAACAAUACCUUCCUCAGCCCUACCACUACCUCUGCCCGAAAUCAGACCGCCUCGGGAAGCUCCGGCUCGGCUCACUCCGGAACCGGUACCUCACCGACCCCUCCCAAUGCAGCAGCCACAACCACCACCUCCACAUCCUGCGCCCGUCCGACCAGUUUCUUCCCCGGCCGGGCCUCCUUCUCCAAGAAGCCGAGUUUCUCCUGGCCAAGACGCCUGGCUUCGGCGCUAGUCCCUCGUUCCUGGACAUGCCCGCCCUUCCUACAAACCGUCAACCUCCAAUCAGCCUUCUUCUUCCACCCCUUCUGCUCAACAGCACACAGAUGGGCUGCACAAGAGUAUGGCAAGUUUGCAAAGUCUUGGGCUCCGGGCUGGCGGACGUCAUCCCAACAUCAUUCGCUCGAGUACGACCUCUUUUCGAUCGUCAUGACUGGGAAGAUGAGCAGGAAAGAGACCUACUGUGUGUUCAAACAAAUCGUCUCUGGGGUCCAUUACUUGCACUCCAUCGGGAUUGCCCAUCGAGAUCUGAAGCUAGACAAUUGUGUGAUGUCACGCGAACGACGGAUCAAGAUCAUUGAUUUUGGGGCGGCGACGAUCUUCAAAUACCCGGGGGCGAAGAAAGCGAGUGGACGAGAAGUAGAAGAGAUGUGGUCUUCUAGUGGAGGGGAGGAGGAAGAGGAGGAGGAAGAGGUGAUGAAGACGACGGAUGUGGUGGGCAGCGAUCCAUAUCUGGCGCCGGAGAUCCUGAUCAGAGACAGUCAGGGAAACCGGGCCUGUGACCCCCGAUUGGUGGAUGUCUGGAGCGUCGGGAUCAUGUUUGUCUGCAUGAUCCUGCGCAGGUUUCCAUGGCGGAUCGCCGACUCACGCGCCGACCUCUGUUUCCGGGAGUUUGUCCGGAAAACGCAUCCGUUGAAGAUCGCCAGUCCCUUGGUCGUCUCUUCCCUAGGGCAGCAAGAUCGGGCUUUCUUCGGAGGAGAACGACGUCACUCCUCGCAUCUCUCUGAACUGCGACCGACUGAGCCGAGGAAGAGGGAAGACCAGGCCGGCGACGAGCCGGUGCCACCGGCCAAGGUCCGGCUGGGUCGCGCGGCGUGUCCCUUGGUAUGGGAGCCCAGCGAGCUCGCGAGGGAGGACGAUGAGCUGUCGGAGAAAGACACGCUCUUCAGACUCUUGCCCAAGGAGUCCCGACUGACGAUCUCACGGAUGCUCCGGGUGGCCGUCGACCAACGGAUCCGGUUCGACCAGCUCCUCUUCGACGACCAUCUCGCCGUCCCUUCUUCCGAUCACAACACCCCUUCUUCUAAAACUCCCCUCGAUCGGGUCCGUGAUCAGCAGAUCUCCGCUUUCAAUCUCACCGGCCUCGGCUGGCUCAAUUCUAUCCAUACUUGUCUCGACCAUCAUUCGGCGUCUUCUUCUUCCCCUGACCAUGAGCACGUCUUGGUCAGCAGUAUCAACUCGUCAAAGUCUUAA